ACACGGGAAACAGCAAUACAGUCUGCUGACUAGGGGAGGGGGGGAGCCCGGCCUCAUUGCUUCAUUAAUCUUUCUUUGCGGAUCUUUAUGUAAGAGGCAGUAUUUGUUGGAAAACAAGACAGGGGUUUUGAAGAACUCCCUUGUCAUUCACGGUUCCCAUCUGCAGUUAUAAUCCUCUGAUUGUGACCUCUGAGUCAGUUGCCAUGGAGGCUGAGCCAGAAGUUUAUGACUUCAGGGUGAUAGUAGCUUCUAAGGCAUGAGGUGCACCCUCCAGCAAGAGAGACGGGGGACUCCCAUUGUCUAGAAACACCUUUCUUACAUGUGCCAACAUUCUACAGUUUAGAGAGUGGUUUCUCUAUUGCUUCGAGAAACAAGGUGCUGGAUUCUGGCCAUGGGAACAGACUGUGGCUUCUAUCCUGUUCCCAGAGUCUGGGUUGGGUGCUCCUGAGGCUUUCCCGAACAAGCCUUAAGAGUUUAAGGUGUCUUUACACCAACCGAUUUGCAUCUUCAGCCCACAGCAUGGGGCGCGGGGGGGGGGGCGACCACUGGAGCCCUUCCUUGGAGCAGCACCCCGUGGGCCACUGCGGCAGUCAGUGGUGCUCGGUGUCCUGCAGAACCUUACCUCUCAGAAGAAGCAGACCUACAAGGCUAAAGAGCUAGGCAGCCUUUGUAGGAUGCAAAAAUACAACAGAGGGCGCCGAAACCACCAGCGCCAAUGGCCUUGAAUAUCAAUGUAUGGGCUGCCUCUGGACCGCCAAGUUCCUUAAAACUGUCUCUGGUAGCCUGGGUCACAGCCACACACACCAGGUUUCGGUUUUGCCUUUUCAGAGUUACCGCAACACACAAACUGUAUUUACUUGCAGGGCGAGGGGGCGGGGACCAAACCCACCGCUCAGUGGGGCGCGCACGCCUUGAUCUCGCAUUCCAGACUCGAGCUGAUGUGUGUCAGCGCGACAUGGGGCGGGGGGAGGGUUCUCUUCAGAGGUUUCAUUCGCCAUCUGCAAGUCACUCCCAAACUUUUUCCUCCUAGCGCUCGAGGAGUCAGGUUGAUGUGCCCUGGAUGCGGCGCGCUAGGCGCGGGGCUGGGUGCGCGCUCCCGCGGAGUCGGAGCUGCAGAGGCUUCUGAGCUCGUCUUGGGCUUUUCAGUAACGGAGCAGCCAGUGACUCUGGGCACCACCCCGAUGAUGGAGGAAGGGCUGGAGGCAGCUGUUUCUCCGGGGCCACACGGUUGGUGUGGUUGCUGCCUCACCGUGGGUGUCCACUGCUCUGUCACCUGCCAUUCAUAAGAGUCUGCUCCCCACGACGAGCAAACAUUCCGGAGGAAUGCCAGUCUACCCAUCAAUGAGGAUCCCAUGAUGUCUUCUAAUCUCCAGUGUGGCUCCAUGCUCUCCACGGAUGCCACUCCCACUUUGUUUGGUGCCCUGGGAAAAACCUGAAACACAAGCAGAACUGCUUCCAAACCUACGGCUGCUUCAGUGUUGUGUGGCUGGUGCAGAACAGACGACUGGGAUUUGCUUUUUUUUUUUGGUAUUGACCUCCGUAUUUGAACCAAAGAAUGUGCCUCAUUCUCUAGUGCGUUGGUGUCUGCUCUCUUUUGCAUUUGUUUCUGUUGCUCGUGCCUUUUACCAUCUUUGGUCAUCACAGGAUAUCCUUACAUUUUCCCAGCAAACUCCUUGAGGGCUGGUCCAUGGCUCUCUAAGCAGGCUGUCCAAGGGCUCUACCAUGAGGCACUGCAUCAAUUGCUGCAUACACUUGUUUCCUGAGGACACACACAAGCAGCAAGCCGCCUGCCAAGGAGGCCCCCAUCAGGGCCAUCAAGUGUGCCCCGCUUGCAAAGGGGAAAACAAGAUUCUGUUUCGCGUGGACAGUAGGCAGAUGAACUUGCUUGCCGUUCUUGAAGUGAGGACUGAGGGCAGUGAGAACUGGGGUGGGUUUUUGCGCUUCAGGAAGGGGAAGCGAUGUAGCUUGGUCUUUGGAUUGAUAAUCAUGACCUUGGUGAUGGCUUCUUAUCUCCUUUCCGGGGCUCACCAGGAGCUUCUGAUUUCAUCUCCUUUCCAUUACGGGAGUUUCCCCAGCAACCCCAGCUUGAUGGACAGUGAGAACCCCAGUGACAUGAAAGAGCAUCACUACCAACCUUCUAUAAACAACAUCUCCUAUGUGAAGGACUACCCAAGCGUUAAGCUAAUUAUUGACAGCAUCGCUGCCAGGAUUGAGUUUACCACCAGGCAGCUCCCAGACUUACAAGAUCUCAAGAGGCAGGAAUUGCAUAUGUUCUCUGUAAUCCCCAAUAAAUUCCUUCCGAACAGCAAGAGUCCGUGUUGGUACGAGGAAUUCUCUGGGAGGAACACCACUGACCCCUACCUGACCAACUCCUACGUGCUCUAUUCCAAGCGCUUCCGCUCCACCUUUGACGCUCUCCGGAAAGUCUUCUGGGGCCACUUGUCGCAUGUGCAUGGCAAGCACUUCCGCCUGCGCUGCCUGCCACACUUCUAUAUCAUCGGACAACCCAAGUGUGGCACUACUGACCUUUAUGAUCGCCUCCGGCUGCAUCCGGAAGUGAAAUUCUCAGCCAUCAAGGAGCCCCACUGGUGGACCCGGAAGCGCUUUGGAAUUGUCCGCCUGAGGGACGGACUACGAGACCGCUACCCUGUGGAAGAUUACCUGGACCUCUUUGACUUGGCCGCACACCAGAUCCAUCAAGGGCUGCAGGCUGCCUCUGCAGAGGACCAGAGCAAGAUGAACAAAAUCAUCAUUGGAGAGGCCAGCGCCUCUACGAUGUGGGAUAACAAUGCCUGGACCUUCUUCUAUGACAACAGCACAGACGGUGAGCCACCAUUCCUGACCCAAGACUUCAUUCACGCCUUUCAGCCUGAAGCCAAGCUCAUUGUUAUGCUCAGGGACCCUGUGGAGAGGCUGUACUCGGACUAUCUCUACUUUGCAAGUUCAAAUAAAUCUGCAGACGACUUUCACGAGAAGGUGACGGAGGCUCUGCAGCUGUUUGAAAAUUGCAUGCUGGAUUAUUCGCUGCGCGCCUGUGUCUACAACAACACCCUGAACAACGCCAUGCCCGUGAGGCUCCAGGUUGGGCUGUAUGCUGUGUACCUUCUGGACUGGCUCACUGUCUUUAGUAAGGAACAGUUCCUCAUUCUGCGUCUGGAAGACCACGCAUCCAAUGUCAAGUAUACCAUGCACAGGGUCUUCCAGUUUCUAAACCUGGGGCCUCUAAGUGAGAAGCAAGAAGCGUUGAUGACCAAGAGCCCUGCGUCUAACACACGGCGUCCCGAGGAUCGUAGCCUGGGGCCCAUGUGGCCAGUCACGCAGAAGAUUUUGCAGGACUUCUAUGGGCCUUUCAACACUAGGCUGGCACAGGUCCUAGAUGAUGAAGCAUUUGCCUGGAAGACGACGUGAGAGCUGAGUCCCUUCUGCCGGAGCCAGACCUAUAGACUCUGUCAUUGCCAUGACUUUAGAAGUCUCCUGAUGGAGAACUGUCACCCACAGUGUGGAGAAAGCCACCGGCGCCCCUCUUCUCCUCCAAGGCGAUAGUCAAUGGGAACUAUCUGGCAUUUCUCUUGCCAUGUUCAACAGCUCUGCUCUUGAAUUCUUCCACCUGAAGCCUUGGAAAGUACACUGGGGCGAGGCUCCUGUCUGUUCCCAGAGUACCUUGGAGCUUAGGACGGUAGACUGGCACCCAGUGGGUAGGAAGAGGAGGUUUGGGGAACCCACAGACCAGCCCUGACCUCCUACCUCCAGGAGAGCUUGUCUGGGUGUAGGAUUGGACAGCUCUGAGAUCCGAUUAAGUCCAAGCUCACUAGAGGCUGUGCUUUGGGGCUGACUGGAACCACCCUUCAGGUGUUAUUUCCCAGCACCCCUUGCAUAAAUGGCUAACCCCAUCUAGCAGAGAAAGAAGCGGCUUGGAGAACAGAGGCGCUUUUCAUUUUGGUUCAUAUUCCCAAGUCAGCCCUUCAGUGACAUCAGAAAUAAGCCCUGUUCCCUUUGCUGUGCCCAAAAGAAAAGAAAACAAAACAAAACCCUGGCAUUUGGCAGCGCGCUCAUCUCUCUGACCUCCUAUUCUGCCCCCGCAGACUGUAUUUAUGCCCAGCAUAGAGAAGGGGCACUCUUAAACAAACAUUGCGCCUUGGAUUUGACUAACCCUGCCUCUCUUUUCUGCUCCUUUGGAUGUUUUCUCAAGAAAUUCAGUUUGUAUUUGGAAAGGGAAGUUUUGGUGUUAAUGCCAGAAUAGAGAAGCCUCAAGGCGUCGAACAGUUGGCGGGAAAGGAAGUGAAGCCCUCGCCAUGUGUGGAAGGUCACCAGAGAGCGCAAGCUGCUUCAGUUUCUGGUUCUGGCUGGUUACAGGCUCCCUCCCUCCAUCUUCCUGUCGGAAGAAUCUUUUAUCCACAUUCUUUGUCGUGUGUGGCCAAAGUUCCAUACUCACGAAGGCUCUCAAGACACCCGUGUCCUCAGAAACACAUCUCACAGACUAAGCUUGGGCUAAAUGCGGUGUGUGGUGACGAGGAGAUAGCUUGGCUCUCUAUGGACCUUUCUGGGCCUUUUAGGAACUUGGUACGCAAUGGAUAAGGUGAUGGUUUUGUCAUCCAGGGAACACCAGGGAGAACAGCUUAAGCCCAUUUGGCACACAGGGCCAGGGGGAAUGUCACAAAGCUUCUCUCUGGAGUAUUGCCAAGGGAUGCUUCCUGGGAAGCUGUGUUCUCGGGUCAGGAUCCUGUCCACCAGCGUCAGAAAGUGUACACACUAUGUACCCGACUGUCACGUGAAUGUGUGUGAGAAACCCAGGUGUUGGUGGCAGGAGGCUCCGCAGUUGCUCGGCUAUGUGAGUCCUUCUGCUGUCCACCAUUGCUGGAGAUGGGACUCUCAGCCCAUGGGAAGGUUCGGAGAGCUCUGAGCAUCAGCAUGGACUAGGCCAGCUCUGCUACUGAAGGGGCUGUGUGUCUUGAAGUCUGCGUUCCAGGACAAUCCCCCCCUUUUCUCACAGCCAGCACUUGGCUGAGUCGCCAGUGGGGAAAUCUGGCCAGAGUACAGGAUGCUUUGGGAAGAAAUGAUAAGAGAGAGAGAGAGAGAGAGAGAGAGAGAGAGAGAGAGAGAGAGAGAAUGAGAGAAUGAAUAUUUAUUUGGAAUACUGUGUGUGUGUACAUGUGGCCGUGUGGCGUGUGCAAGAGCGCACAUGCGUGUGGGUGCUUAUACCGAGUGGGUUCCCCUCAGCUAUCUUGCUGAUGAGGCUUCUCCCUCCAUUAGAGACACAAUGCCUUUAUGGAUUAAUUUCUCCACCAGUUAGCCUGUCAUUUUCCAGAACGUAUCUCUCACCAUCCCACCCCAAUCCACAAUUAUAAGACAUUUUUUCUUGCGCACUCCUAUGCAUGUGAAUAACAUGUAGCGUAAUUCUGCUUCUUACAGAAGUAUUGCCAAAGGUAUAAUUUCCAAUAUUAUUUGGUUCAUUGCUGAUCUUUUAAAAUAUGCAGCCCCCUCCUUUCUUCCAUCUGGGGCUAUCCAAACCCGGUUUGGCCUCUAAUGGUCUCUCCCCAGGCGUCACCAGCAUUGUCUUUGCUUUUGCUCGGUCGAGGCCUCCUCUUGUUUGAGAGCACAGGUAGUGUUUUGGGUGGUAGCUCCCUAGCGUGUCACCCCAAACCAAAGCAAAACACAGACCUGGUGCCGAAGACACUUCGUAUUCCCAAAGCUGUGUGCCAGGUCGUAUGAAACCUUCCCUCCCUGUGUCAUAUAAGGUAUGAUAUGCGAGUCACAUUUAUCCUGUACUUUUAUUCAUAUUUAACAGAAUUAAAGAUGGACCCACACAGCUGGUGCCUGCGGGGAGUGGGCCCUCCAUCACAA